AUGACGCACGGCAAUUUGACCACCGACGAGGUUGAAAGAGCAUCCCAGCUUCUAAGUGCACAAGACAAAGCAGUCGCUCUCUUCAAGGAAAUUGAACGGGAUUUUAUCCGGCCAGGCAUCACCGAAAAGACCUUAAAUGCGGAAAUCUACCAACUAGGACUCGAUCGCUAUGGCAUCAAGACCCACUGGCACAAACGAGUUAUCCGCAGUGGACCAAACACCUUGAGCCCGUUCAACGACAACCCUCCGGAUCGUGUCAUUCAGGCCGAUGACAUCCUAGUUGUUGACCUGGGGCCAGUAUUUGAGGCCUGGGAAGCUGACUUUGGGCGCACUUUCGUCCUAGGAGAUGAUCCAAAUAAGCUGAAGCUGCGGGACGCCCUUGAGCCGAUCUGGAAUACAGUCAAGGCAAAGUAUCGCGAGAACCCAGAUAUGUCGGGUGAUGAGCUAUACAAUAUCUCCUGCCAGGUUGCCAAGCAAGAAGGCUGGGAUUUCGGCGCGGAUAUUGCGGGCCAUCUCGUUGGGUCGUUCCCUCAUGAACGCAUUCCGCGGGAUAGAAUCUCACUCUACAUCACUAAGGGCAACAAUGAGUCUAUGGGCCUGUCGGGCCGUGAUGGGUUCAAACGUCAUUGGAUUUUGGAAAUUCAUCUCCAUGAUCGAGCACGCGGAUUUGGUGGUUUCUACGAGCAACUCUUGACGGUCGAUUAG